UUUCACUGGCAGGUUAUUUCACUUAGAAGAAGACAUUUUCCCAUGUUGUAAGUGAAAUAAUCUACCAGAGGAACAAGUAUUUGCUGACAAGUUACUUAUUUAAAAUAUACAGAUUCAAAUCUUACCAAAAAUACUUGGUAAGAUAUAGUAUUUUUGCAGGGUUGUGGUUGAGUGAACUUUGGAUUUUUAUUAGACACAGACAGCUUUCAUACUGUAACAGUAAUGUUUGCUGCUAAACAAUACAGAGAAAAUAUCCACUCUCAAUCAUUUUCAGUUUUUGACUUUCACUUUUUGACUUCCGAAGAUUUUAUUUUUUUAAAGUCGACAUAAAAUGCCAUGUUAAAACCUGAGUCACAUUUUUAUGGCAUCUUGUUAGCCUUUCAUCCGUUCCUCUGUAGCUCUGCUGUUGAUCUGAUCAGAAGGACAUUUUUUUUUCUGCUUUUUCUUUUGUCAUUUUAUUCAGCUGAGCACAGUUAGACUGAUGAGGAGGUUCGCUGUCUGCUUACAUAACUUCCUGCUCUGCUGCAUACCUGUGCCUGCCACAGCUUGCCUGAUCAUGAACAUUCCUGUGUGAUAAGAAUGUUAGAAUGAUAUGGCGAACUAAGCAGAAUUUGGACUACAGCUUCCUCAUGCUGUACGCGCAGGACAAAGGAACAUACUAUGUUCAGUUGGAAGACGAUGUUUUUGCAAAGAACGGUUACUAUAGCGACAUGAAGGCAUUCGCCACACAGGCGUCUUCUAACGAAUGGCUCUACCUGGAAUUCUCCCAGCUUGGGUUUAUAGGUAAGAUGUUUAAGACCAGAGACCUUCCAAUGAUAGCCGAGUUCUUCUUCAUGUUCCACAAAGACAAGCCUAUCGACUGGUUGCUGGAUCACAUUCUGUGGGUGAAGGUUUGCAACCCAGAGAAAGAUAAUGUAAGUCUGCUGACCCCAACCAGAUCCCAACAGCUUUAAUACUUUAGUCAUACUC